AUGGCUUCGUCUCAAGAGCAUUCCUCACCGGGAGGCUCGUGGCACACCGAAACUGAGGGCAGCACUGGCGAUGACGACAUGGAUUUCGAGCUCGCCUCAACAACGCCAUCCGGUCUUUCAGAAGAGAUUGACGAAGAUGAAGCGGAGGGCGAGGUUGAGACGACACUAUAUUUCGAUGCCGAGGAGGGAGUGCUUCGAGACGAGGAUGGUGAUACGGUGACAUUUGAGACAAGCGAUGAGAUGUCGGAAGAUCAAGAUGUUGAGGAAGAGGUAGAGGAGGAAGAGGAAGGCACGCAGACACCGCAAGUUGCCGCUGCAGCAGCAGAGCCGGAAAGAGCUACCCAGACAAUACGAAGUACGUUACCCGAGACAGAGUCCACGACCACUUCAGACCGCCAAGCACCUCGUCCGGGACGUCUCAGACGUCUGAGCUCCGCCACAGGAUCAAGGAUUCUCCAAUUACUUUCGCAAGCUGGCCUACGAGGAGUCUUUCAAAAUGCUGGAGGUCCAACUACCCGUUCUCAGGCUCGGAGAGGUAAUACGCAACAUGUGUCUCUUGGCGAGGAUGAUGAAGUUGAGGACGACGAUGAUGACGAUAUGGGCUAUGCCGCUGGUUAUGGAGCGCGGAGACGACGGCCUCGCCGACCUCUUGUUGGUGACCGAUACCCACCUAUUCCGAAUCCGGAAGGCCAGAAGUUGAUGGACAGUGGUGCUUUCGGCAACAACGAUCGCUGUGAUCAUUCGACAUGUGGUGUUCCAUACGAGUCAUCCACUCAGCAGAAACGGCGAAAGCUAGCCCACCGUAUGCUUGACCGCGAGCUGGGAGUCAACAAUCGAGGUCGAGCACGUGUGCUGAGCUCACUCGCUGCACAAGACUUAAUUCCUCGAUCCAAGGCAGAUCUCAUCAUCAAUCUGAACGCAAGAUGUUACUCUGGUCAGUUCAGCGAAGACGGCUCCUUCUUCUUUGCUUGUGGUCAAGACUUCAAGGUCAGACUGUAUGACACUCGCAACCCUUACGACUGGAAAUACUACAGCACGAAACACUAUUACGGAGGACAGUGGACCAUCACUGAUGCUUCUCUUUCGCCCGACAACAAACUGCUUGCAUAUAGCAGUAUCCGAUCUCAGAUCUGUCUGGCCAACACCGAUCAGGGCGAUGAAUCGGAGCCUCAAUUGCUAGACUUCAGCGAUAUGGGCAGUGGUGGUCACGGCGGUGGCGGUGGUUGGGGCAGAAGUCGCGGACACUUCGGUAUCUGGUCUUUGCGAUUCAGUGGUGAUGGUGGUGAGAUCGUGGCAGGGACAUCAGACCAAAGUGUCUACGUCUAUGAUCUGGAAGCGCAACGCAGUAUUUUGCGGAUUCCCGGCCAUCAGGAUGAUGUCAAUGCGGUGUGUUUCGGUGAUAAGAUGAGCCCGCACAUCUUGUAUUCUGGAUCGGACGACACGACAUUGAAAGUAUGGGACAGAAGAUCACUGGCUUCUAUGAGACCUGCCGGCAUGUUCUUGGGUCAUACGGAGGGUUUGACGUACAUCGAUAGUAAAGGAGAUGGACGAUACGUGAUCAGCAAUGGCAAGGACCAGACGUGCAAGCUCUGGGAUCUGAGGAAGAUGAUCAACACAGACGAAGGAGAGCGUAUCAACCCACAAGACUACACAACAAACUUCGACUACCGCUUCAGUCCUUACGACGAAACCGACCACCGCCCCCACCCCCACGACUGCAGUCUCGUAACCUUUACCGGCCACAAGGUCCUCAAGACAUUGAUUCGAUGCCACUUCUCUCCACCCGAAAGCACAGGCGGCCGGUACAUCUACUCCGGCUCGCACGACGGCAAAAUCUACGUUUGGAACCUCGACGGGACGAAAGCUAGCGAGCCAAUAAAUGUCCGGAGUGCGACAUUGAAUAGUCGUCCGGUCAGCGAUGAGAGGUUCGUGGAUCGAUACGACUACUACGGUCGCGGAGGGCAGUGGAAGACUAUCGUAAGAGAUUGCUCCUGGCAUCCUUCCGCACCUCUUAUCGCCGCCACCUCCUGGAAUGGCUGGGACCAUGGCCUCGGAACCGCAACCGUGCAUAGUUGGAACGAUGGCGUAGAUACAGAUGAAAUUGGUGGCGAUACGGAUGGUUUCACUGGUGCGUCAGCGGCUCAGAUGGGCGAGAGGGAGAACCUGGGUGCGACGCCGAUGGGAGCGAGGGUUACGGCACAGUUGAGGCAUGAUGAGCGAUUCUAUGGGACCCAGCAGCAGCGUGGGGCGGAGCAACAGGGUGCGAGGCGAACGAGGUUGAGGGAUCGGAUGGGGUUGGGGAGUUUGUUUUCGGCGGAGGGGGAUGAUGAUUGA